GGAAGGGACGAGAGCGUCCGCCUCAGUAGUAGUGGGAGCGAGGGCCGAGGGAGGGGGCUCGCCGGGGCGGCGUUCCGUCUUGCCGGCAGCCCUGCCCGGCCGGGGAAGGGGUGAAGCCGCUCCAGGCUCCUCGGGAGUCUGGGCCUGUGCGGCCCGGAAGAGCCUCCGCAGGUGACCAGCACACAGCAGUGACAAGUUAUGUCACUGUCCCACCUGUACCGGGACGGGGAAGGCCACAUGGAUGACGAUGAGGAUGAGCGAGAGAACUUUGAGAUUACUGACUGGGACCUCCAGAAUGAAUUCAACCCCAACCGGCAGCGCCACUGGCAGACCAAAGAGGAGGCCACCUAUGGAGUGUGGGCAGAACGGGACUCUGAUGAAGAACGGCCCAGCUUUGGAGGCAAACGAGCCCGUGACUACUCUGCGCCAGUCAGCUUCAUCAGCGCGGGACUCAAGAAAGGGGCAGCUGAGGAGGCGGACUUGGAAGAUUCCGAUGAAGAAGAGAAACCUGUCAAACAGGAAGACUUUCCCAAGGAUUUUGGACCAAAGAAGUUAAAAACGGGUGGCAAUUUUAAACCCAGCCAGAAAGGUUUUGCAGGAGGAACCAAAUCUUUCAUGGACUUUGGCAGCUGGGAAAGACACACAAAAGGAAUUGGACAGAAGCUUCUUCAGAAAAUGGGCUAUGUCCCUGGAAGGGGUCUCGGGAAGAAUGCACAAGGUAUCAUUAACCCAAUUGAAGCCAAGCAGAGAAAGGGGAAGGGUGCCGUGGGGGCUUAUGGCUCGGAACGCACCACCCAGUCCCUGCAAGACUUCCCCGUGGUAGACUCGGAAGAAGAAGCUGAAGAGGAGUUUCAGAAGGAGCUGAGCCAGUGGAGGAAAGACCCCAGCGGAAGCAAGAAGAAGCCCAAAUACUCCUACAAGACAGUGGAAGAGUUGAAAGCCAAGGGCAGGAUUAGCAAGAAGCUCACUGCUCCCCAGAAGGAGCUUUCUCAGGUCAAGGUCAUAGACAUGACGGGCCGCGAGCAGAAGGUCUACUACAGCUACAGCCAGAUCAGCCACAAGCACAAUGUCCCCGACGAUGGGCUGCCGCUGCCGUCCCAGCCACUGCCCCAGCCUGGCAAGGAGGCCAAGGCCCCAGGCUUCGCGCUGCCCGAGCUGGAGCACAACCUGCAGCUGCUCAUCGACCUGACAGAGCAGGAAAUCAUCCAGAACGACCGGCAGCUGCAGUACGAGCGGGACAUGGUGGUCAACCUCUCUCACGAGCUGGAGAAGGUGUCGGAGGUCCUGGAGCAUGAGGAGCGUGUCAUCACCAACCUCAGCAAGGUCCUGGAGAUGGUGGAGGAGUGUGAGCGGCGCCUGCAGCCGCACUGCAGCGACCCGCUCACCCUGGGCGAGUGCGCGCGCAUCUUCGAGACGCUGCAGGACAAGUACUACGAGGAGUACCGCAUGUCAGACCGCGUGGACCUGGCCGUGGCCAUCGUCUACCCGCUCAUGAAGGAGUACUUCAAAGAGUGGGACCCUCUCAAAGACUGCACUUACGGCACCGAAAUCAUCUCCAAGUGGAAGAGCCUCCUGGAGAAUGACCAGCUCUUAUCCCACGGAGGGCAGGACCUCUCAGCGGACGCCUUCCACAGGCUGAUAUGGGAGGUCUGGAUGCCUUUUGUCCGAAGCAUCGUCACUCAGUGGCAGCCGAGGAACUGUGACCCGAUGGUGGACUUCUUGGAUAGCUGGGUGCACAUUAUUCCCGUGUGGAUCUCAGACAACAUACUAGACCAGCUCAUCUUCCCCAAGCUGCAGAAGGAGGUGGAGAACUGGAACCCCCUGACAGACACCAUCCCCAUCCACUCCUGGAUCCACCCGUGGCUCCCCCUCAUGCAGGCACGCCUGGAGCCACUGUACUCCCCCAUCCGCAGCAAGCUGUCCAGUGCUCUGCAGAAGUGGCACCCCAGUGACUCAUCUGCCAAGCUCAUUCUCCAGCCCUGGAAAGACGUCUUCACCCCUGGCUCCUGGGAAGCAUUCAUGGUCAAGAACAUCGUCCCCAAGCUGGGGAUGUGUCUGGGAGAGCUGGUCAUCAACCCCCACCAGCAGCACAUGGACGCGUUUUAUUGGGUCAUCGACUGGGAAGGGAUGAUCUCUGUCUCCAGCCUGGUGGGGCUUCUUGAAAAGCACUUCUUCCCCAAAUGGCUUCAGGUGCUGUGCUCCUGGCUCAGUAACAGCCCAAACUAUGAGGAGAUCACUAAGUGGUACCUGGGUUGGAAAUCCAUGUUCUCAGACCAAGUCCUGGCACACCCCUCCGUCAAGGACAAAUUCAAUGAAGCUCUGGACAUCAUGAACAGGGCAGUGUCCUCCAGUGUCGGGGCCUACAUGCAGCCUGGUGCACGGGAGAACAUCGCCUACCUCACCCACACAGAGCGGAGGAAGGACUUCCAGUACGAGGCCAUGCAGGAGCGACGUGAAGCGGAGAACAUGGCCCAGCGGGGCAUCGGUGUGGCUGCCAGCUCUGUGCCUAUGAACUUUAAAGACCUUAUUGAGACCAAGGCUGAGGAGCACAACAUUGUCUUCAUGCCUGUCAUCGGGAAGCGACACGAAGGGAAGCAGCUUUACACCUUCGGUCGUAUUGUCAUCUACAUCGACCGAGGAGUGGUCUUUGUCCAGGGCGAGAAGACCUGGGUGCCCACCUCCCUGCAGAGCCUGAUUGACAUGGCCAAGUAGGCCGCAGCAGGCACAAGCAGG